AUGGCAGGAGAAGUGCCUGAAAUGAAGCAUGGUAAAUGGAGCCCUGAAGAAGAUGAAGCUCUCAGGGCCGCGGUAAACUACUAUGGGGAGAAGCAAUGGAGGCUCAUCGCCGACCACGUCGAAGGAAGAACUCCAAUUCAGUGCCUCCACCGAUGGUCUAAAAUCUUGAAGCCUGGCCUCGUCAAAGGGCCAUGGUCAGCUCAAGAAGACAAACAGCUCCGAGAGUGGAUCGAGAAAGAAGGCCCAACCGGCUGGUCAAACUGUGCCCAGCGCAUUCCAGGCCGCAGUGGGAAGCAAUGCCGUGAGCGGUGGUUUAACAUAUUGAACCCUGCAGUGAAAAAAGGAAACUGAACAGCAGAAGAUGAUGGCAAAAUCUUCCAAAUGUACAAACUCUACGGGCCCAAAUGGACCUUGAUUGCCAAAUCAUUGCCUGGGAGAACCGAAAAUUCUAUUAAAAAUCGCUUCUACUCGACCACGAGAAAGAUGAAGUCACAAGAAGCCACUCAAAUUCCUAAAGAAAUUAAGGCUGAAGCACCAUCUGAGCCUGAAGUAAAAAUGAUGUCUUUGCUUCAGCAGGUUAAUCAACUAGAAACUCUUUUACACUCCACACGCAAUGAAAUUUUGAAUCUAGAAACUUCGCUCAAGAAAGAAGAUAAUCAAAACAUAGAGGGUUUAGGAGCAUUUUUGCAAGGGCUUCCACCAAUUAGAGAGCUCAAAGAAAUAUAG